CCGGGCUUUCAGUUGGAUUUCAGCUACGGAACCGAGCAGUCGGUCUGUGAUCAGUGCAAAUAAAUAGAACCACGUGCCGAGGAGCAUAGAAACUAGCGAAUAAAAACAUCAGCAGAUCGGCAAUAAAACACGCAGUGACUGAUAAGACAGGCAGUAAAUAAAAUAUAUACAAAUAAAUAGACAAAAAUACGGGAAUACGUAUACAGACAUCUUUAAAGAGCCAAGAUGAUUUCACAUACUGUGAGGGUAUUCAAGAUGAUGUACAUAGUGGCGGGCAUACUCAUCAGCAAUGCGGAAAUCUGCGAUACAGUGGAUCGCAUACAAAUAGCGCCACGCGUCGACCUCAAGCCGGAGUUCGACCAGAAGUACCUGACCUCCGGGGGCAACAGCGCCGGUAACCGAUCGCGCACCCACUCCCGCCAGAAUUCCGGAAGUGGUUCGGGCUCGGGAUCAGAGGAUGGGUCUCCCACCAAAAGGCGAAGGGUCAGCGUUUCUGGGAUAGCCGGGGGCGUGGUCAGAGGCGUCACCAGCCAGGUCUCCAAGAGAGUGGGCCACCGCUUCGUCUGGCUCUCCGACAUCCGGCUCAUCCUUAAGCAAUGGCGAGUCCUGGCUCUGAGCUUCAACCUCUGGACCAUCCCCAACUUCUUUGUCCAGUGCCUCACCAGCUACAUGAGCAAGAAGCUGCUCAUCAACAGCGACUGUGAUAUGAUCUACAAGUAGGAUACAUAUCCUACAUAUAGGAUAUUGAAAUAGGACAGCUACACCGAGAGGUUGCAAAUUUAUUGUUACUAUAGUUUUUACAUAGCUUUAAGAUCUGAAUAAACAACUGCUAGACAUAUAGACA